CAGUAAAAUUAUUGUCAUCUGCAAAAUAUCAUGAGUUUUUUCUCACACCUUUCCAUCUUCUUGGUUAGCUGUUCUUUUUGCAUACAAAAUCAGUUUGCAGUUUCUGCCACUUUAAGUAUUGAAACUGAUAAACAAGCCUUAAUCUCCAUCAAAUCUCAAACAAUCACGCAACCACCAGAAGCUUUAGCUACAUGGGAUCCAGCAAGCUCAUCCCCAUGCAAUUGGACCCGAGUGUUGUGUGAUGAUCGUAACCGAAGAGUUGUCGGUCUUGACCUCUCCAUGCUUCGGAUAACUGGUCCAGUUAGCCCAUAUAUUGGGAAUCUAUCGUUUCUCAGAUCACUUGAACUUCAAAACAACCAAUUUAACGGUAUUCUUCCUGAAACGAUCACUAAUCUUUUUAACCUCCAACUCCUCAACAUCAGCUUCAACCGCAUCCAAGGCACCAUCCCAGCAAACAUAAGCGAGUGUAUCAACCUCAGGGUUGUCGACUUCAUGGGAAACAGACUUUCAGGUUCGAUUCCUGAAAGCCUCACUCUCCUCAUUAAUCUUCGAAUUUUGAACUUGGCAAGAAACCAGAUUUCAGGCUUUAUUCCACCAUCUAUCGGCAACCUUACUUCACUAUCCACUUUGAAUUUGGGCACCAAUUCACUUACAGGCCCGAUCCCUAGUGACCUGUCUCGUCUUCGUAACCUAAAGAUUCUUGACAUCACAAUCAAUAAGCUCACGGGGACAGUUCCUCCAUCCUUCUACAACAUGUCUUUGCUGGAAGUUUUUGCUGUAGCUUCUAACGAUUUAAGGGGAGAGAUACCUUACAAUAUUGGUGAUACACUCCCAAAUCUUCUUGAUUUCAACUUUUGCAUCAAUAGAUUCACAGGUACUAUUCCUGGUUCGCUGCACAACCUCACAAAUAUAAGAAACAUCCGGAUGGCACAUACCCAAAUGCAUGGAACAGUGCCACCUGGACUAGGAAACCUUCGUGAGCUAACAUUGUACAAUAUUGGGCACAAUAAUAUUGUUAGUGAACAAGGUGAGGGUCUUGGUUUCUUGAAUUCUUUUGUAAAUAGUACAAAGCUUGAUUUCCUAGCUAUUGAUGGAAACCAUUUUGAUGGUGUUAUUCCGGAGUCCAUAGGGAAUCUUUCCAAAACACUUAGAAAUUUGUACAUGGGUUCGAACAGGAUAUCUGGAAGCAUCCCCUCCUCAAUUGGUCAACUGAAAGGUCUAGCGUUACUAAAUUUAAGUUACAACUCCAUUUCGAGUAAAAUCCCUCCUGAAAUAGGCCAGUUGGAAAACCUACAAGAGCUUUUUCUAGCCAAAAAUAGAUUCACUUCCAAUAUUCCGAAUUCAUUGGGUAAUCUUGGAAGGUUGACGCAUAUUGAUUUGUCAAGCAAUGAAUUGGGUGGAAAUAUACCCACCAGUUUUACAAAUUUCAAGAGCCUAAUUUCAAUGGAUCUCUCUAUGAAUAAGCUGAAUGGAAGUAUACCCAGAGAAGUUCUAAAUCUCCCAAGUUUAAGCAUCAUCCUCAAUCUUUCCAGCAACUCAUUGACAGGCUCAUUGCCUCCAGAAAUUCGUAGCCUGGAAAGAGUGGUGACAGUUGAUCUCUCCAACAAUAAUUUAUCGGGCGACAUUCCAGAGUCGAUCCAGAAUUGUAAGAGCUUGGAACAGCUGAUCAUAUCUAAAAAUUCGCUCUCAGAAAACAUUCCAAAUAGUUUGGGGGAAUUAAAAGGUUUGGAAACACUCGACCUCUCUUCGAAUCAACUCUCCGGUUCAAUCCCUCUCGAGCUUCAAAAUUUAAACGUCCUAAAACUAUUGAACCUUUCUUUUAACAACUUGGAAGGAAAGGUUCCAAGUGAUGGGAUUUUUUCGAAUCUCACAAGAGUUCAUCUUGAAGGCAACCCAAAACUAUGUUAUGAUUCCAAAUGCACAAGAGAUGACACCAACAAAGUAGUUGUCAUCUUAGUCGUGGUAAUAUCUUCAGUAAUAGCAAUACUUAUUAUAUCAAUCGCCUUGUUUUUCUACUUCCGAAAACACAAAGCAAUUAUGAUCAUGGAGACUCUUGAUUCGUUCAAGGGCCAGCAUCAAAUCGUGACAUAUGACCAGCUAUGCUCUGCAACAGGGAACUUCGAUGAGGAAAACCUGAUUGGUCGUGGGAGUUUUGGGUCUGUCUACAAAGGGUAUCUCCAUCUCAAAGGAAGAUCCAUGGAAAUCGCUGUGAAGGUUCUUGACAUGGAAACCACUGGUUCAUUGACUAGCUUCUUAGCCGAAUGUGGUGUUCUUCGGCAUCUCAGGCAUAGGAAUCUUGUGAAACUAAUUACUUCCUGUUCCAGUUUGGAUCCCAAAAACAAGGAAUUUCGUGCUCUGGUCUAUGAAUACAUGAAGAAUCGGAGUUUGGAAAGUUGGAUCGGGAAAGAAAUGGGGUUGCUGGAGAGAUUAAAUGUGGCAAUUGAUGUAGCAUGCGGGUUGACCUAUCUCCACCAUGAAUGUGUGGUAGCUCCAGUGGUGCAUUGUGAUCUAAAGCCAAGUAACAUUCUCUUGGAUGAAGAUUUUACUGCUAAAAUCGGGGAUUUUGGGCUUGCUAGCAUGUUGCUUGAGAAAGAUAAACUUGUUAGCUCUAGCCAUGUUCUUAAAGGUUCAAUGGGUUACAUACCUCCAGAAUAUGGUAUGGGAGCAAACCCAUCUACUAAAGGAGAUGUAUACAGUUACGGAAUUAUGGUUAUGGAGAUUUUUAGCGGGAAAAGACCAACAGACGAGAGCUUUGUGGGUGGUUUGAGCCUCAAGACAUGGGUGCAGUCUGCUUUCCCAGGGAACUUAGAUCAAGUGGUGGAUCAUGACCUGAUUCAAGAUCCAGAAGAGUUGUAUUCAGAAGAGUUGUGCUCAGAAGAGUUAUGUCUGGAUGCUCGUUCCAUGAACCUGAAAAUGAAACUUCAUUGCCUCUCAACUGUCAUGGGGGUUGCGCUUUCUUGUGCUAACGAUACCCCUGAAGGACGAAUCACCAUUAUUGAGGCUUUGCGCAAACUCAAGAGUGUUCAAGAUAUGUUUCGUAACUCAUCUCCAUCAAUGAAUGGCAGGUAUUGAUAAAUCAGAAUGAUUUGAUGCAAGAUGCUAUAUUUCUAGGUUGUAUGUUUAUCAAUGAAAGGGAAGUACUAAUAAAUCAGGAUGAUUGGAUCCAUUCGUAUAUAUAUAAGAAAAUAAAAGAUAUGAAAUUUUGGGAUUUUCGGCAAAAA